CGAAGCAAGCGUGGCUUGGGACGCAACAGGAGCAAUCAAAUCAGUCGUUAGUAAACAUUGCAGCUACAGUAUGCUACGUUAGCUAAAUGAAUACUGUUUUUCAGAUAACUGUCGGAUUUUUCCGUGAAUACGGAUUAAGAAUGUCUCGUACGUUUAUUUAGUUAGUAAUGUUAGCGUGAAACGAAUCCAAAAAGUAAUGAACAAAGCUGACGAAGUCUUCUGUAGACGACCCGUGAUAACUUGGUUCGCUAACGUUGGUUAGCAAUCACGGCUUCAAAGCUAUCUAUUACUGUCUAUGCUUCAAAGGCAAGCUAAUAAUAUAAUGCAGAUAGCGGAACUUAUCCUAACACGGUAGCUAUAACGGUAAAGCUUACGGGUGAGGUCAGUUAGAUCGAUGAAUCUGUGCUUGAUUCAGUCGAUACGUAAAUUUGCUGUUGAAAACGUGCUGCAUUAGCACGUCGGUUAAAACAGUGAUCCUUUCAUGCGAUACUAACGUUACAGAGUUGCCAGUAUAAAAAAAAAAACAGGGAUGAAGACACGUUCCCACUCGCCACCCAUUCACGUCCAUGUUCCCGAAUCGACCGCCUUGCAUGUUCACCUGAAGAGGGGUCAAAGUUGCACUGCCUCCCAGUUGGUCCAGAAUGAAAGGCCGGGGAUUCUACGGGCCACUGCUAAGGUAAGGGCCAAGGUUCCCUGGAUACCGCCCGGGAAGAGCACCGCCCCUCGGGAUCAGUACAAGUGGGAGGGUUCUUCCCACUGUUUGGAGAUCACUCCUGUUCCCCAGUCCGACGCAGGCUCCUCUCCGCUGAAGCUAGCCGACCUGUCCAGAGAUGACCAAGGGGAGGAGGGGCGAUGUGACAGCAGGAGCAAAUAUGACCGGAGGGCGGACUCGCUCAUGUCAGAGGGUGAUCCACUGAUGAGAAAGGUGAAGCUGCAGGAGAAGAGGCAUCUCUUGGAGCGCCAGUCGGAGCACCUGGACACCUGUCAGCGCCUGAUCGGCGUGCAGGAGGAGCAACUGGCCGAGGCCAGUAAGGAGCUGCAGGAGUCCAGGAGGGCCAACACAGACCUGAGGCGCUCCCUGGAGCAGAUGCAGGAGGACGCAGCACACAGCAGGGCCGAGGGUGGAGCGCAGGGAAGGGCUGGGCAGGGUGACAUCGACGUCCUGCUCAGGACCCUGGUGGAGGCCGAGAUCGACGGAGAGGCAGCGGCCAAGCAGGUGGCAGCUCUGCGGGAUCUGGUCAGUCAGCUGAAGCAGGAGAAGAAGCUGUCCAGGCCAGACGCCGCCCUGCUGGGAAAGCAGCACGAGGUGCUGGUCAAGAAGCUGGAGGCGUUCGAGAACACCAACCGCGCCCUCCGGCAACUCCUACGUGAUCAGCAUGGCCGAGAGACGGACGCGAUGCGGGAGAUGGAUGAGAGGGAGGUGCUCCUGAAGAGACUGGCUGAGUCUGAAGCUGAGAAGAUGAGGCUGGAGGCUAAACUCAGCACCAAGAUGAGAGAGGCCAUUCAGAAAGCAGAAAACCUGGAAGGGGAGAAGGACCUUGCUAAAAGCUCCAGAUACCUGUCCAAGGCUCUGGAGACGACCCACGGCCACCUGCAGAAGCAGCUACGCAAGAAGGAGGCCGAGAACAACCAGCUGGGAGCACAGAUUGAGGCGAUGGAGGCCACCCUGCAGCAGCAGCGGGCAGAGAUGCAGGCUCUCCAGGAGCAGAUCCGGGAGCUACAGCGCCACCAAGAGGUGGACCAGGAAGCGUUGCGCCAGGCCGGCCAAUCACAGAGGCAGAGGGCGGAGCAGAGUGAGGGCCAUGCCUCCCGGCUCGCCACCCAGCUGCAGGAGACGGAGGCCCAGCUGGCCGACGCCCUGUCCAGCGCAGAGGAGCUGCGCUCACGCCACACCAAGGAGCUCAGGGAGAGGAAGCAGCAGGACCUGGAGCUCAUCGCCCUCAAGACCCGUGUGACUGAGCUGACAGACGAGCUGCAGACAGCUGGGGAUAAGUUCCGUCUGGAGAAGGAGGGCCUACUGGACCGCCUCCAUCGCCUUACAUCUGAGUCCUCCUCCACCCGCCUGGAAAACCAGAGACUCAGGACCACCCUCUCUGGGACGGAGGACAGGCUCAGUGCGUCGCAGUCCGAGCUCCAACAGCUGAAGAGCACCAUCAGGGACUUUGAGAACCUAGUGGACGGCUACAAGACUCAGGUGCAGAAGACGCGUGAGGAGUCGGAGGAGUAUCAGGCGAGGCUGGAGGCGCGUGAGCGGGAGGUGCGGGGGUUGCGUGCGGAGGGCGAGCGGGAGGUGGAGGGGGUGCGGAGGCGCGUGCGGGAGCUGGAGCCCCUCGGGGAGGCGCUGCGGAGGAGCGAGGAGCAGCUGAAGGAGGCGCAAGAGCAGGAGGAGAGCCACCGCAGGAGGAGCGCAGAGCAGAGCGAAGCACUGAGGGAGAUCAGACUCAAGGUGGAGCAGCAGAGCGGCCGCAUAGAGACGCUGCAGGAGAAGAACCUGCUGCUGCUGGAGGAGAACAAACACCUGAGGCGCUCUGUGGACACUAUGGACAGGCGCCUGCAGGAGGCCAACAGGCAGAGUGGGGAGCUGCUGGAGACGCUGUCCAAGCGUGACGAGAGGGUGAGGAGCUCACAGCAGAAUCUGGAGGAGAAGAGAAUGGGAAGACGAGCUCCUCUGCAGGCUGGAGGAGAAGCGGGGGAGAGCACAGACAGGGUUGAGCAGAGCCUGGACCGUGCGUUGACCAAAGAGCGGACGGUGCAGGCCAAAGCCCUGGACCUGGAGACCCAGCUGAACGUGGCCAAGUCUGAGAUGAACCAGCUACGCCGCUGCAAGGACGAGAUGGAGCGUCGUAUGCAGGGCCGCCUGGAGGAGCUGAAGAAGAAGCUGGAGGAGUCGGACAGCACCAACCGCAGCCUGCAGAGCUACGUCCACUACCUCAAGGCCUCCUACACCAACGUGUUCGGAGACUCCCCCUGGACCAACCACCGCACUUUAUGUGACCGAUCACGAUGA